AUGAUCGAGGUCAUCGAGCUGCUUAGGAAAGGGCACCUCAGGGAGUUCCUUUCCGAGAUGGGCAAGAGAAAUCUAAGCAAGGAGACAACGGGUAAGCCCACUGAAGCUGCUCCUGUCUCCCCACCACGACAGGACCGAGUGAUCCAUUUCAUCGCGGGUGCUUCGGAAGUCAGUGGCAUAAGCCAUGCAGCCGCAAAGAAACGCACCUGGAAAUCCAAGCACGGCCUAGAAGCAGCCAAGCCAAAACGUCAGCUCCUAGGGACGGACGAAAUAAGUUUCACGGCCAAGGAGCAGGAGAAAGUCCUCACUCCUCACCACGACGCGCUGGUUAUCUCGCUCACUGUACCGAACCGCCUGGUAAAAAGGAUACAGGUAGAUAAUGGAAGCUCAGGCAACAUCAUCUUGCAGGCCGCAUACAACCGCGGGGGAGAUAACCUUCCCCGUAUACGCCAAAGGAAUCAACAUGUCAACCAAAUUCCUCGUGGUUGA